AGGUACACGAUGCCGUAACAUUCCUGGUAAAAUGUGGUUUGGAGCUGCCACUAGCACUUUACCGGAUAAACUGCCCUGGCCCUAUGAAUGCUGCCGCCUGCCGGGUGUUGUGGCAGUGUUGGUUCGAGUGACAACACCACAGGACGUCGACACCUGCAGCUACGAGAGCUGGUAGCAUGGCAGGGGAUCCCCGGCCCUCGCCAAGAGUUGAAGCCUUCGAAAUAUCAGCACCGCCGGAAAACACAGAGAACGGAGGCUGCCUGGGACGCAACAAGCAUUUUUGGGAGUGCGACGGCGCGGCGGACGGUGUGUUGGUGCGGCGCUGGGACAGGGGUGCAGCCCGCGCCCGACUUGCGAAGAUGGCUGUCGGCGUGGUGGUGAUGCUGGUGGUGACGCUCGUCGUGGUCGUCACCACGAUAUUCCUCCUCCUCGAAAAGAAGCCGGGCCUGCGAUUAGAGCCGGACUUAGGUGAGGGUGAGCUCGUAUGGUUCCGCUCUGCCGACGACCUGGGGAGAGUGACCGCCGCCCUCACGACUUUCCUGAGAGGUAAGAUUUCGGUCGACUUUCUCCUCUCCCAAGUCUCGUAACUAUCCAUAGGGGAAGACUUGUAAAAGUUUAAUGUUAUAGUAAGCCUCGUGAUAUUUAUAUGUAUGUCGGACUGAGGACCUUGUUGCGCGGGUAUUAACUUGUUCUAAGUUCUCGACGAUUGAAAAAGGUUGACCGUCUGGGAUUUAAGAAAUUCGU